AUUCGAUCCUGCAGCAGACUACGCACGCAAGGCGCCUGUCGAGCUCACUCUUAUCGAAGCGCCUCCUGCUGCAGUUAGCACUCAAGUGCGCUAAAGGACGUGGGCUCGAUCCCGCAUUGUGUGGCAAGGGCAAAGUGGGAAAGGCCAGUCAUCCGGAUACGGACCACAAGGCAUGCUUCGCGCCCAGCAGUUUGACACUGCUCUCCCGCGCUCACGCGCUGACCACAGCCGAACAAGUGGGAACACAAGGUCGUCCGAUGCAACUGCAGCCAUUCUUCAAUUGCCCUCCUCACGAUCACAACCAAUUAAGAUCAUACAUCAUGACGGCCGUCCUUGUUAUUGACCUGCAAGCCAUCAUGUUUGACGGCGUCGAGAGCGUCCCGAUUCACAACGCGACGAGCCUCGUCGACAACACCAAGCACGUGCUCGCGUGGGCGCGGCGCGAAGCCUUGCCCGUGGCCUUUAUCCGCCACGAAGAAGACGAAGGCGCAAUGGCGCCAGGCGCACCGGGCUGGCACGUUUGGCCGGCGCUCGGCCAAAACGAAGCGACCGAGCCGACGUUCUCCAAGACCGUCCCCGAUGCAUUUAGCAACCCGGCACUCGCCAAGUGGCUUCGAGACGCCGGUGUCUCGCGCCUCAUCCUCCUCGGCGCGCAGACCGACUGCUGCGUCAACGCAACGACGUUGGGGGCCCUCGGUCUCGACUUUGACGUGACUGUCGUCGCCGACGCGCACUCGACGUGGCGCUUUGAAAAUGACGUUGCCGUCGACGCGUCGCCCGUCAUUGAUGCCCACAACAAGGCAUUUGCUUCUGCCGGCGCGACGCUGACGACCACGAACGAGCUCGUCCAAUGACUGCACCCGUGACGAUCGAUCCUUCGUUAGAUAGUUCUGUGUAAUGUGGCACGGUACUCGUGCGAUAUCCUAAUGCACCAAACGGGAUUUCAUUUUAUGUUCUUCAGAAA